GAUCUGCCGUCUCCUCUCCUCUCCUCUCCUGUCCUCUCCUCUCCUCUCCUCCUCCCUUCCAUCUCCACACCCACGAACAAUCCAUCAAAGCGUUGCAUUUCCCUUGCAUCGUCCGUUCUCUCUCAUCUUUUUCUGUUCAUCAGAUUCACCACACUCGUUUUACACGUUUUUAACUGCUUGAAGAGGAACUACCGUCGUCUUUCCCUACUUCCCCUUUUACCAGAUCUAUUUCAAACCACAUUUGUACUACUUUAUUUCCACAUUAAUAUCGACAUCAAGUCAACAUGCGCUCCAGCUUCUUCUCUGCUGCGGCUCUCCUUGCCGUGGCCCAGCUCGUCGCUGCCCAGACCUUCACUGAGUGCCAGCCUCUCAAGAAGACAUGCCCCGAUGACCUCGCCCUCGGCACCACCAAGUCCAUCGACUUCACUGCCGGCGAGUCCAAGGACUUCUUCGCCCUCGCCGGCACGACCCUGAAGCACACCGCCGAUGGUGUCGAGUUCGACAUCACCAGCGAGAAGCAGGCCCCCACCAUGGAGUCGAACUGGUACUUCUUCUUCGGCAGCGUCGAGGUCGUGAUGAAGGCCUCCGACGGCCGUGGCAUCGUGUCCUCGUUCGUGCUCGAGUCCGACGACCUCGAUGAGGUCGACUGGGAGUGGAUCGGCAGCGACACCACCCAGGUGCAGUCCAACUACUUUGGCAAGGGCGACGACAGCACCUUUGACCGCGGAGGAUUCCACGGCGUCUCGAACCCCCAGGCCCAGUUCCACACCUACAAGCUCGACUGGACCGCCGAGAAGCUCGUCUGGUCCAUCGAUGGCGCCGUCGUCCGCACCCUCCUCUACGCUGAUGCCAAGGCCGGCACCCGCUACCCCCAGACUCCCAUGAAGGUCAAGAUGGGCAGCUGGGUCGCUGGGUCCUCCACCGCGCCCAAGGGAACCGUCCAGUGGGCUGGCGGCCUCGCUGAGUGGUCCAACAACCCUACCUACAAGAUGGUCGUCAAGAGCGUCAAAAUCACCGAUGCCAACACUGGCGCCAAGUCGUACUCCUACGGCGACAUGACCGGCAGCUGGCAGAGCAUCAAGAUCUCCGGCACCACUGGAAACGCCAAAACCGGAUCCGAGAACUCCUCAACCAAGAUUUCCUCCACUGUCGCGCCUACUUCUACCAAGGCUUCCUCCACUGUCGCGCAAACCUCCACCAAGGCUUUCUCGACCUCUACCAAGCAGUCUAACAGCACCAUCGUCGUCUCCAGCUCCACCAAUGCCCCGACCUCCGCUGGUAAGAUCUCGUCUACCUCCACUCGCCCAGCGACCCCAUUGAACUCCACUGGUGCGGGUACCAAGCUCGGCGCGAACUUGGCGAUGGUUGGUGCCGUCAUUGCUUUCUUCGCUUUAUAAGCAGGGAGUGUAGUGGUUGUGUGAUGGAUGGAUUGCAUGCAAGGAUGAAUGGCUUGCGGGGAUGUUUUUUGGUUAUUUAGACAAAGGGAACAGCGGGGUGGUGUUGUAGAUGAAAGAU